AUCGUAAAAGUGGAGUGUUCCGAAGAUUCAGGACAGGUGAUUGGUGCUCACUCUUGGCCGGCCGGCCAUCGCAAGACUCUACGAUAUACGCUACUUCCCGCAUUAACGGUCUGGAUUAGAAAAUCCAGCUCGGUUGUGAUGUUUUCACUAAUCAUUGUUAGUAACUCUUAACUUCUCGGCUACGACUCGGUUCAUAACAGCCUCGGUACAUCAUGAAAGUGUACUAAAGACUUGCAGACCUUCCGUUCUCUACCAUUCUCUACUAAAACAAGGCAACACGUGCGCCAAUCCCACCGCUGCAAUCACCAUGCCAGAUUUCGCGGAAACUCUGUCUGAUCAAGUUGCUGUGUCCGCGCUCGAAUAUGAUCGCUUUGUCUCGGUUUACAAACCCGAGAGCAUGGGCAACACAGCUAAGAUCGCGUAUGGUGGUUGCGCCAUCGCUAUCGCCAUCUCAGCGGCAUACCAGACCAUGGAUAGCCAAUAUUCUCUUUAUACUGCAAUGGGUCAUUACCUCGGGCCCGCAUUGGUUGACCGGCCGCUCUUCGCAGCUGUGCGUCGGAUAAGAGACACCAGAACUUUCGCAACGCGUCAAGUGGAGAUCAGUCAGAUACAAGACAAUGGGAGCGCGCGAGUCUGCAUGAUAGUCUCAGUGGAUUUUCACACGAAGGAGAAGGCUUCUCUACUCGAAUACUCUGCGUCGCCGUCCAUUCGGUAUCAGUCGGUUGAGGCCCUACCAACAGUGAAGCAAGCGAGUGAAGUUAUGAUCGCCCAAGGGAAAGUGUCGAGGACCACUGUUGAUUUCAACGAGAAGCAAUACGCGUUGAGGGAACGGCUUGUAGAGUCGCGCCCUUGUCCUGAGGGGAUGGCGUAUCAAACAAUGAAUGGCGAGAUCAAAGUGCCUACUACCCAAGACAACCUACCUCUAGUCGAUAGGUUUUCAGGCGACUAUUUCAAGGCCAAGCACCAACUCGCGAAUCAAGCUGAACAGAUGGCCGCAUUGGGAUUUAUCAUGGACGGAGCUCUGUCUUUUAUUCCGCUUACACAUUCUUCGAUGUCGCUGAGAGAUGCCGCCGCUUGUUCGAGUCUGGAUUUCGCGUUGAGAAUAUUUACCCACGAUAUUGAUAUCAAUGACUGGCAUUUCAGAGAAUUCAAGACUGUGGUUGGUGGCGAAGGCAGAACGUACUCAGAGUCCAGACUUUGGGAUCGGGCGGGCAAAAUGGUCGCAAAUAUGACGCAGCAAUCCAUAUUGCGGUCAUUCGUACUACAACCGAAGGCAUCACUGUAAAACAGUCUAUGACACGGGCUUCGUGAAUCAUCUCCACUUUAUACACAGCCACUCUGUACGCAGGGUUGUUUUGUAGGCAUUGGAACACCAUGCCAUUACAAGGACCACAGAAACAGAAUCAAGUCUCAUUGAAACCGACCUACGCAUUGCCUAUGCCGGAGUAACACACCGUACUCAGACUUUUGUCCUGGUACUGUAGCUGGUAUAGAGCAGUGUCUAUAAA